AAUAAUAGCUUUCGAGUCCACGCGAGCAAAACACGCCACCAAAUCCCGAACCAAAGAUGCAAAGACGGAUAAAUGAAGGUCACCACUAAAGUGUGCUUCCCAAAUCCCUGAGAACCAUGGCCUCAGCUUUGGAGAAGCUGAUUUCUAUCCCAGCCGAUUCACACUCGACUGCAAACCAUCCCAGUUCUCCUCAAGGUCCAAUGAUUUCAUUUGAAGCAUUUUGAAAUCAAGAUUGCACCGACCAUCUUUGUUCUACAAGCAAGGUGUGAAGUUAGUUUCUCAUUAUGGAGAAAGAAGUGAGUGGAGCGAGUUCUUCAUCUCCUGAUCACAGCUGUUUGUCUCCGAAGAGUGAUACAGACAAUCCUCCUGACGUCAGGGAGGAUCCAGUGACCUCUGACCCCAGCAGGGUCUGUAGAGGUAAUAAAACUGGCGAUCUGGAUUCUCCUCAACCAGCGAAUGAUGAGCUACAGAGAGUCAAAGAGCAGCACAAAACCAGCAUGAAGAGCAAGUAUGAGAGAUUAUUUGAGGGACUGAAACUCCAGGAGAAUGAAACCCUCCUGAACAGGAUCUACACACAGCUCUACAUCAUAGAUGGAGAGAGAGAAGGAGUGAAUGAAGAACAUGAGGUUUUACAGAUGGAGAAAAAAAACAGGACCCAACACUCACAAGACACUCCAAUCUACUGCAAUGACAUCUUUAAAACCUCACAUGAACCAGGAUGUGAGGAGAAAGACCAGAUCAAGACUGUUCUUACUAAAGGCAUUGCUGGAAUCGGAAAAACCGUCUCUGUGCAGAAGUUCAUUCUGGACUGGGCCGAGGGAAAAGCCAAUCAGGAUGUAGAUUUCAUGUUUGUGCUUCCAUUUCGAGAGCUGAACUUGAUCCGAGAUCAUCAGUACAGUCUUCACAGACUUCUGCUGGACUUUCAUCCUGAACUUCAAGAUCUGGACCCAAAGAUUUAUGAGGAGUGUAAAGUUGUGUUCAUCUUUGAUGGUCUGGAUGAAAGCAGAAUCACACUGAUGUUUUCACAUGAACAUAGGGUUUGUGAUGUGACUAAGACUUCAUCAGUGGGUGAGUUAAUGUCAAAGCUCUUGAAAGGAGAGCUGCUUCCUUCUGCUCUCAUCUGGAUCACCUCCAGACCAGCAGCAGCCAAUCAGAUCCCUCCCGAGUACAUCAACCGUCUGACAGAAAUUCAGGGAUUCACUGAGCCUCAGAAGGAGGAAUAUUUCAGGAAGAGAAUCAGUGACCAGGUUCAAGCCAGUAGAAUCAUCUCACACAUCAGAAGAGCAAGAAGCCUCAACAUCAUGUGCCACAUCCCCGUCUUCUGCUGGAUCUCAUCCACUGUGCUUCAGAAGCUCCUGGAAGAAGAUCUGAGAGCAGAAAUCCCUCAAACUCUGACUGAAAUGUACAUUCACUUUCUGCUGAUUCAGAUCAACAUGAGGAACCAGAAGUAUGAAGAAAGAGAUCCAGAGAAGCUCCUGAAGUCCAACAGAGAAGUGAUUGUGAAACUUGCUGAAGUGGCUUUCAGACAACUGAUGAAGGGCAAUGUGAUGUUCUAUGAAGAGGACCUGAUUGAGAGCGGCAUAGACGUCACUGAUGCCUCUGUGUAUUCUGGGAUUUGCACCGAGAUCUUUAAGGAGGAGUCUGUGAUUCAUAAGAGGAAAGUCUACAGCUUCAUUCAUCUGAGCUUUCAGGAGUUUCUCGCUGGUUUCUAUGUGUUUUACUGCUAUUUAACAAAGAACACAGAGCCAGUGAAGUUCUUUGAGAAAGAUAAACAUGGGACAUACAUACACAUAUCUGAUGAAAACUCUCUGUGUAAGCUGCUAAAAUUAAUAGUAUUAAAAACCCUUGAGAGUAAGAAUGGACACCUGGAUUUGUUCCUGCGGUUUCUGCUGGGCGUCUCACUGGAGUCCAAUCAGAGACUCUUACAGGAUCUACUGCCACACAUUGAGAACAGCUCAGAGACCAUCAGGGAAACCACAGAGUACAUUAAAGAGAAGAUCAAGAUAGAGGAUUAUGCCAUAAAACUCUCAGCUGAAAGAUCCAUCAAUGUGUUCCUCUGUCUGUUGGAAUUGAAAGAUCAGACUCUGUCCAGAGAGCUUCAGGAGUUUGUAAAAUCAGACAAACACUCAAGGGAGAGACUCUCUCCUGCUCACUGCUCAACAAUCGCCUACAUGCUUCAGAUAUCAGAGGAGACACUGGAUGAGCUGGACACCAUGAAAUUCAACACAUCAUAUGAGGGAAGAAGAAGACUGAUUCCAGCUGUGAUCAACUGCAGAAAAGCUCUUUUUGCUGGCUGUAAUCUCACUCUUCAGUGUUGUGAGAGUUUGUCAUCAGCGCUUCAAUCAUCAAACUCUGUCUUAAGAGAGCUGGAUCUGAGUAACAAUGACCUGCAGGACUCUGGUGUAAAGCUUAUUUCUGAUGGACUGAAGAGUGCAAAUUGUCAGCUGCAGAUACUGAGAUUGUCUGGCUGUAUGGUGUCAGAGAAAGGCUGUCAUUAUUUGUCUUCAGCUCUGAGAUUAAACCCCUCACACCUGAUAGAGCUGGAUCUGAGCUACAAUCAUCCAGGACCAUCAGCAGUUCAGCUUCUCAAACACAAACUGCAGGAUCCAAACUGUAAACUGCAGAUACUCAACAUGGAUCAUGGAGGAGGGAUCAGGAUGAGAGCAGGAAUACAAAAAUGGGCCUGUGAUCUCACCCUGGAUCCAAACACAGCAAACACUCAACUCAUUCUGUCUGAUAAGAACAGGAAGAUCACACGUGUGUUUGAGCAUCAAUUAUAUCCUGAUCAUCCAGAGAGAUUUGAUGCGUCUCCUCAGGUUCUGUGUGUCGAGAGCCUGACUGGACGCUGUUACUGGGAGGCCGAAUGGACCGGAGAUUAUGCUGAAAUAUCAGUGUCAUAUAAAGGAAUCAACAGGAAAGGAGUGAGAGACUGUAUGUUUGGAUUCAAUGACAAAUCCUGGAGUUUGUACUGCUGUGAUAACGGAUUCACUGCCUGUCACAAUAACAACAGAACCGAUAUACACAGAGUCCAUUCAUCCUCUAAGAGAGCAGGAGUGUAUUUGGACAUGUCGGCCAGCUCUCUGUCCUUCUACAGCGUGUCUGACACACAAACACUCACACACUUACACACAUUCAGCAUCACAUUCACAGAACCCCUCUACGCUGGAUUUAGAGUUUAUAAUGGUUCCUCAGUGUCUCUGUGUGAUAUCAAACAGCCUGCUGUGAGAAUCAUCAGUGAUACACAAGUUGCCGGGGCCAGUAACCUCAGAUCUUCAGAUCAGAUCUUCCCUCUGCUGAAGUGUCAGUCUUGUGUUCAUGUAGCAGAUCCAGAUCAGUGGGUUGAGAUAGAGCCUUCAGUCUGUACAGGUGAAGGAGUGUCAAAGGUCACAGUCAGCACCCCAGCAGGUCGUUACGAGUGUGUCAGGACCAGGAUGAGAUGGGUCUGUGACCGUGACGUCACUCUUCAGUACCAGACUGUAGACGGUCAGUUCCUCAAAGCAGAGCUGGAGAGACUGCAGUGCAGCCGAAUCGGUCCAGUGAUGGACGUGACGGUGAUCUCAGGGAAACUGGAGGAAGUUCAUCUGCCACAUUAUGUCUGUUUAGGAGAGACAGAGUCUUCCCUUGGAGACGCUGUGAAAGUCCUCAGUAUAAAACAUGACGAAAUAACCGUUGAACCUGUGCAGAACCUGACACGAUUCCAUGCCAAGAUUGUCCAACCAUCCUUCUCCAGGAAAACGUUAAUUGUACCACGUAAAAGGCAGUGGUUUGAACACUGUGAUCUACUUAUGUACAUGCGUUCUAGAGCUUCUUCUGUGUUUGUACACGUGUACCUUUUUCCAUUUAAUGAUAGUGUGAACAAAAGGGUUCAGAGGAAAGAAAACAAUCUGGGAUGUGUUUUGAUCCCGCAUCCCGGACCUAACAGGCCUCUUCGGAUGAAAACACCACACGUUCUUGAUGUUCCUGGUGCCUUAGUCCGUCCAACAAAAGGGAUCACGUUCAGAAGAAAACUAGACCCAAAUUUCUUCAUGUUCAAGCCAAGUCUGGCUAAAAAUCUUCUAAUAAAACUCAUCCGAAAGAAAGACAAGAAGAUCGUCUGGACUACGAUAGUUGAGAUAGAGGAAUUGGAUCCGAUUCCUCCACAGAGAGAAAGGUCAUGUCUGAACAGUCAGGCAGAUAAAGCAAGAUAUUUUGAUAACCACUGGCAAGAUCUCAUUCAGAGAGUUACAAAUGUCAACAUCAUUGCAGAUAAACUUCAUCAGCAGAAAGUAAUUGAUAAAGAACAAUAUUCACAAAUCAUAAGGAGUUUAACCAGUCAGGACGGCAUGAGAAGCAUCUGUGAAAUUAUAUAUAAUCAAAGUGAUCCUGUGAAAGCUUACCUCAUCUCAAUUAUUCAGGAAAAGAACCCUUACUUAUUUUAAACAGUGGUCUAAACUUCUGCAGAGGUUCAUUCUCUAGAAGAUCAAAUAUACUUGCUCAGUAAUGAUAAAAUAUAAGCCUGUAAAUGAUCUGUGUGUGUGUGUGUGCUCAAAAUGUCUUCCAGAAUGUCCCUGUUAACAUGGCAUGUAUUUUAUGUAACUAGUUUACACUUUGUUAUUGAGCUCCACUUCUUUGACAGCAGUUCAAGAAAUAAUCAGUUGCACACUGCCUUUAUAUAUCUCAUAUUUAUCUAUUUUUGAGCUUGCUUUCUUAGAUUGAAUGCCCAGACGGUGGGCAGUCCUUCAGGCCAGCAGAGGGAGCCCUCACCUGACUGUUCUGACUGUCUUCGCUCUCUCUGCUUCCUCUCAAGUGACUUCCCAUAGAUGGGCCAUGCCACUGUUACUGCGGUCUCUACCGAGCGUUUUCAGUUUACAUCUUGUUUUCACAUUCCUUUCAUUGUCUUUAAUUUCAUACUUCAUAUUCCGUCUUGGAUUGUAACCCCGGACUAUUGCGUGUUGUUUUGUGAAUGUUUUGCUGCCUGCCCUGACCAUUGCUUGUUUAAUGUUGUUAUUAUUUUACAUAUCUGCCGUUACAGUCCCACCAGUUCAUGUGGGGUUACGUGUGUUUAAAGCCCCAUUUAAGCUGUAAUUGUUUCUCAUAUGGACAUCUGUGAAAAACACAUUUUACAUACCUCAGUGAUUAAACUCGUGGAUUCUAAUGGCGAUUUA